AUGAAUAGGAUAGAUAUAGAUAUUGGUCCUAACUAUGAUAUCAUAGCAUUAAGUUUUCCCUUCCCACCAACUAUUUCUGAUUGGUCUAUCUUUGGAAUUUUCCAAUCUGAUGAUCCGCUGCUUCGGCACCAAAUAAUACUUGGUAACAUCAACUCUGGGGAAAGACAGUCUUGGCAUUAUAAAUAUUUCGUGAACCAGAAUAACAUUCGGAUUUCAAACGGUACGCUUGUUUACCAGGAUGAUCAAUAUUACUGCCUGGAUGUCAAGGGACGUGUGUAUGCAGUCCAAGAUCCUCACGGAGAUAAUAUAACAUUCAAAUAUUGGUGCCGGCCCCCCAUAUUUAAAGUCGGGCCUAGCAGAGUGGGAGCCGCGCCUUCCAGAUUUUUGGAUACGAACCAGAGCUUUUUAGCUGCCGGACUUGAGGAAGAUGGAGGAGGGAUCUUCGCGGUGAUUGUUAGCCGUGAUGAAACAAAAGUCUCGGUUUACGAGUUUUGUCGUCGUGAAUGUAAAUGGUUUCCAGUUGAAAAUCUGAGGGGUAGGAUGCUCUUUGUUAGCGAGACGGCAUCCUUCGUGGCAAAGGCUACCAAUCCUCGCAUGAGUAACAAGAUCUACUUUCCCAAAUUUUAUGGCGCCAGCGGUGUUUUCUAUUCUUUAAAGACCAAGAAGUAUCAUUCGUACGAUGGUCGAUUCUCUUCUAAAGAAUCCUACACAUUGCAAGACAUGCCGUCCACUGCGACUUGGAUCCAACCAUCAUUACCUUUGCCAGAAGACCUUUCAUUCAAUUUCUAA